AUGCCCUCCGACACACCUGCUGAGCAGCAACCUGCUCACGCCGACGAGGACCUCGACGUUCUCGCCGCCGACGAUGCCGCCGAAGAAAUCCCCGACGAUGACGACAACGACAUGGCCAUGGACUCCGGCGACGACGACGACGCCGCCGCUGAGGAACUGACCCUCGCCAACGACGCCAUCGCCUACUUCGACGAGCCCCAAGACUCGCUCUUCGCCAUCGCCCAGCACCCUCUGCACCCGUCCCUCGUCGCCGUCGGCGGCUCCGCGGGCGCCGCCGACGACGCCCCCGGUGCCGGCUGGGUCUUCGACACCUCCGCCGCGCCCGUCGCCCUGACACCGCUCGGCGAGGCGCAGGAGGUCGAGGAGGUCAACUGGCUGGCGGCAUGCCCUUCGCCGGACCACCCCAACACGGUCGCGCUGGGCGCCAACGACGGCUCCGUCUGGGUGUACGCGGUCGACCCGGCCGACGCCGCGAACCCGCUGCAGAUCGUGCAGUCCUACUUCCUGCACACCGCGUCGUGCACCGCUGGCACCUGGACGCCCGACGGGCGCCUGCUGGCCACCGUGUCCGAGGACGGCACGCUGCACGUCUGGGACGUCUGGGGCGCCGCCGCCGCACGCGGCCUCGGCGACAGCAACGGCCAGACCGCCGUGUCCAUGACGCCCGCCGACCAGCGCUUCGAGGUCGAGGGCGGCCUGUACUCGGUCGCCGUCGACCCCAAGGCCACCUUUGUCGCCGUCGGCGGCGCCGGCGGUGCCAUCAAGAUCGUCUCCCUCCCGCGCCUCGGCACCACCACCUCACAAGGCAAGAAAGCCGGCGCUGACCUCACGGCUGGCGGCCAGAUCCUCGCCUCCCUCCACACCCAGUCCGACGGCGUCGAAACGCUUGCCGUUACGCUGGCGCAGACCACGCCGGCUACCGUGCUGCUGGCCGCCGGCUCCGUCGACGGCUCCAUCUGCGUGUACGACGCGACGCGACGCUUCGCCGUCCGCCGCCACAUCGUCGGCGCGCACGAGGAGCACUCGGUCGUCAAGGUCGAGUUCGUCCGCGACUCGUGGGCGCUCACCUCGUGCGGCAUGGACGGCGUCGUCCGCCGCUGGGAUCUGCGAGGCGGCGCGGCGGCGGGCGGCCCCGGCGCCGUCCAGGCCUCGGGUGCCGCGGAUGGCGGCCUCGUCAAGGAGUGGAGGGGCCACCGCGGCGAUGGCGAGGGCGGCGGCGUUCUCGGCUUCGUGCAGGGUCAGACGGGGGAGAGGGUCGUGACGGCAGGCGACGACGGCGUCGCCCUGGUGUUUGAGGCGUAG